CUCCAACAUAUAUUUUUCAUUUUUAAUAUACAAUUUUACAUUUUCAAUACAAAAAAUACGUUAAAAUGAUCUCAGAUGUGAACUUGUACGGACCUUGAACAUAAACAAGGUGGAAAAGGCAACCCAGCGCACUUAACCUCUUUUUUUUUUUUUGCUCUGAUCCGUAUUGCGGUUCUCUGAAGAUUCAUCCCAAUCCCACUUUGUUUUUCCCCAUUUUCUUAGUAUUUCAGUAGUAUUUUUAUUAUUAAAGAAAUUAUUUUUUUUCUUGCACCCCCUUUUAGAGAGAGAAAGAAACAGAGAGUAUCGUAAAAAAAAAAAAAAAAGCAAAAAACAAAUGGUAGUAAUAAGUAAAUAUAUAGAGAGAGAAAGGGAGAAGUAGUAGUAAGUAAAAAGCAGUAGUAGUAGUAGAUUGAUGGUGAUGGGAUCUUCACACCAGAAGGAACAUCAACAACAACAACAACAGCAGCAACACCACCACCGCCAUCACCACCAACAAGAAGGAGAAGAACCAACUUCAUAAUACCCACCACAACAAUUCCUCCUCUGCAUCCACAACUGUCUUUUGCAGCUCCACCGCCGCCCCCUCCCCCUUAUUUGUGAGUAUCCCUUUUCAAUUUCUUUCAUUUCUCUCUUUUGGGGUUUCAUUUUUCUUUUUCUUUCUGCUUGUUUCUCCUGCCUACUUCCCAGAUCUAUACCUUUUUGCUAUGCCUCCCCAGGUUGUUGCUUCAUUUUCACUCUUCUGGGUGUGAUUGUUCUUCGCAUUUUCAGGUACUACUUCUUCUUGAUCUCUCCCUCCCUCCCCUUUGUUCUUCUUUCUGAUCUAAAUGCCGCUCCUCCUUUUUGUGUUUUGCAUGCUCUCAACUCACUUCCCUCUAUUUGUGUUCUCUGCCGCCUUGAUUAUUUAUUUAUUUUUCUUUUUUUUUUAAACAAAAUAUUUUGUUGGUUUCUUUGGUUCCAAUCUAGUCACUUUCUUUCCAUUUGAUGUUAUGUUACGGUGUGGGUUUGCAUUGGAUGGUGACCUGCUUAGUUUGAUUUUAGUUUUUCAAACCUUUACUGGGGUCUUGUCUCUUGUUGUGUUGUGGGUAAACUGUUUUCUUUUCAAUUUUUUUUUUUAAACAAUCUAUCUGAUUUUCUUUAAUCAGUGUGGAUUUUUGGGAUUUUUUUCACUCCCGAUUCUUCUGAUGGAACUCAAAUGGAUGUGCUUUUCCUCCCUCCACACCCCCAUAUAUCUCCUAUUGAUUUAUAUGUCUAUUUGUGGAAAGUUUUAGUUUUAGCAUUUCAUUAGAGUUUUGGUUUGUCAUACACAUUCUCCGAGCUUGUUUAAUCUACAAAGGGUAUUCAGCUCAUUUGUCUUCCUUGUUUUGUUUUCUGAGACCAGCUUUAUUAUGAUUUCCGCAUUAAGACUCGGUUAUUUCUUCCGAAAGUCUUGGGAUUCUUGUUGCUCCUUUCGAAUAUCCCUUAUUUUUAUCCAUAGGCAUCUUUGUGGAACCUUUUCUUUUCUUUCUAAGUUGUGAUUAUCAGAGAGGUCCUUGGAUUCUUGCUGAUGCUUUCUCAUCUGUCGUAUUGUUGUUAUCUGCCUGCGCUGAUGUGAAGUCGAUAUGGCAUACUUCCCCUCUCUUUUCAACUUGCGUGUGUGUGGGGGGCAUUAAAUUCUGCAGUUUCUCAGAGGAUCUCUUACAAAACUUCCUCUUCAGAGUGCAUGCUCAUUAGAAAACUGCAUGGGUUCUAGAUUUCCAUCUCAUCAGCUCAGCAAUGGCCUCUAUGUAUCGGGCCGGCCAGAGCAGCCGAAGGAAAGGACACCGACCAUGAGCUCAGUGGCAAUGCCAUACACUGGCGGUGAUAUCAAGAAGUCCGGAGAGCUUGGAAAGAUGUUUGAUAUUCCUGGCGCUGGAGGCUCAAAUUCUAGAAAAUCUGGGCCUGUAACCAACGCUCCUUCUCGGACUGGAUCAUUUGCUGGUGCUGCCUCGCAUUCUGGACCAAUCAAUCCUAAUUCCGCUGGAAGGUCGAGCUAUUCUACCUCUGGUCCAGUAUCAUCCUCAGGAGUAUCUGGUUCGUCUUCAAUGAAGAAAUCAAAUUCUGGCCCAUUGAGUAAGCACGGGGAACCCUUAAAGAAAUCCUCUGGUCCUCAAUCUGGUGGAGUGACUCCCAGUGGACGCCAAAACUCUGGUCCACUCGCGCCAGUUCUUCCAGCGACAGGACUGAUUACUUCAGGACCUAUAUCUUCUGGGCCUCUUAAUUCAUCUGGUGCACCGCGCAAGGUUUCUGGUCCAUUGGACUCUAUGGGUUCCAUUAAAUUACAUGGCCCAAUCCCAUCCGUUGCUAACAAUCCAGCCGUGACUACUCUUAGUCAAGAAGAUGACUAUUCUUUCAAGAGGAACUUCCCAAAGCCAAUUCUGUGGGCUAUGAUUCUGCUAUUUGUGAUGGGCUUCAUCGCUGGCGGCUUUAUACUUGGAGCUGUGCACAAUGCUAUCUUACUUAUUGUUGUUGUUAUCCUAUUUGCCAUCGUAACUGCUUUAUUCAUCUGGAAUUCUUGUUGGGGGAAAAAAGCUAUAAUUGGCUUCAUAAAUAGAUAUCCCGAUGCUGAACUCCGAACUGCGAAGAAUGGACAGUAUGUUAAGGUUUCAGGGGUGGUAACCUGUGGAAAUGUUCCCCUGGAGUCUUCCUUCCAAAAAGUGCCAAGAUGUGUCUAUACCUCAACAUCUUUAUAUGAAUAUCGGGGAUGGGAUUCCAAGGCCGCAAAUCCUACCCACCGUCGAUUUACAUGGGGACUUAGGUCAUCAGAGAGGCAUGUAGUCGACUUCUACAUCUCUGAUUUUCAGUCGGGAUUGAGAGCAUUGGUUAAGACUGGUUAUGGUGCUAGGGUGACACCCUAUGUGGAGGAAUCCGUUGUUGUUGAUGUCAAUCCUGUAAAUAAAGAACUGUCUCCUGAUUUUAUCAGGUGGUUAGGGGAAAGGAACCUUUCAAGCGAUAAUCGUGUCAUGCGGCUCAAGGAAGGGUACAUCAAAGAAGGAAGCACCGUGAGCGUGAUGGGAGUUGUGCAGAGGAACGAGAAUGUGCUGAUGAUAGUACCCCCACCAGAGCCCUUCACCACAGGAUGCCAGUGGAGUAAAAGCAUCUUCCCGGCAAGCUUAGAAGGCGUUGUUUUGAGCUGUGAGGAUGCGUCUAAGAUAGACGUGAUCCCGGUAUAAAAUAGAGCACAGGAAGCAUGUGAGGGGGUUGUCUUUUUUCCCAGCUGUGAGAUGGCAUUCAAAAUGGUAGCCUGCGUUUGUAAUUGGGUAAAUUUGUGAAAGUUUGUGGGUGUUUGGGAAUAUAUAGGGUUAGUGUGGGUUUUGUAGAGAGGUGUUUGGAUGAAUGAAUGUUAGUAGAAAAGAGUCAACUACAGAAAGUGUUAUAUAUAAAUAUAUAUAUGUAGUUGGUGGCUGGUGGUUUGAGUUGUUAGUUUGUGCAUCCUGUUUAUUUUUUUGCUUCUUCUUGGGCUUCUUUGUAGCAAAGGGGUUUUUUUGUUCAUCUUCUUCAAUGGAAAGUAUCUGUUUAUUCUUCUUUUUUGUGGGUCCAUUUGUUGUCCAUUAAUUCAUUACUGGAACUGGAAUGCAAUUGAUUCAUUUGUAGCAGCUGUGGAUAUAAUAAUUGAAAGCUUCAAUCACAGGAACACAAAUCUUCUCAUCUGGCAUCUGCAGAAGACUGUAUUGUGAUUAUAAUUUGGGUAUUCCUAUUCUUAAACUAUAUUUUCUUUCUUGUGAAAUGAUUUUUCAAUUUAGGUUUUCAUAUUUAGUUCAAAUUGUAUUAAAAGUAAAAAUUUUAAAUUAACAAUUAUUGUGAGACAAAGGUGGUAACUC